UUCAUCAAUUAAUGCAUCGCCGUUAUGAAACACUCUAGUUAUAAAACAGUAAUAUAGUACAAAAUGUGCUAGUUGGAAGUUUACUUGCUGCAAAAGAGGACAUUGAAAAUAAUGUUAAAAAUAAUGUCUUUGUCAGUAAUUGGACAUUUUGUUAUUUUAUUUGGACAAAUAAUUUGCCAAAUGCAGAAAGGAUUGUUUCAAAAGUUGGAGGAUACACAAGAAAUAUUCGGCGCCCUUGUUGUUCAAACUGACGUAAGGUCUCUACUCUCAUGUGCGCAUGCGUGCACGCGCUACUCUGGAUCCACGUGCGGUGACGUAUGCAGUCACUUCCACUAUGAUGACAACAUUAGUACCUGCUAUUAUGUUCGACAGGGAAACAGUGUUGCAGAGGCUUGGUCUACAGAGAACAGAACCAUCUAUACCCAGAUCACUGAUUGUGAUAUUGGAUGGCACUCGUUGGGAACAUAUUGCUACUACGUCGAAACGACAAAAUUCAUUUGGAAUGAUGCGAGUGAAAAUUGUGCGAACACGGGUGGUCGCCUAGCAACAGUUCACAACGAAACGGUCGAAAGCUUCCUGAACACACUAGCUGCCACAUCGAGUCCAGGUGAAAACGUAUGGGUUGGUGGACGCUAUAAUAGCACGCUGGAGAAGUGGACGUGGGAAAGCGGGGAACCAUUUGAUUACCAAAAUUGGGCCCUCGGACAACCGGACCUCAAUACCGGGACCUGUGUGUUGAAGCUUCCUUUAUGGCACGAUCGCUUAUGUGAAAGGUCGCACGUCUCCAUCUGCGAAAAGUGCAAAUUCAACUAGUUGUAGACGUCACCUGUACUGGUGUAACAUUAAGUGUUAAACAAUUAUCAACAAAUAUAUGUUUUGAGAUUUUGCGUUGAUAAUCCGUUGUUUCUUCACAAGAAAUCUUUAAUCUGACUCUCCGCUGCAAAUUUGCAAAACCAAUUAUAUCUUAUUUUAACAAUGUUUCAAAUUGAACUAUGUUUCAAACAUCAAUAUUAUUCACUGUUAUACUGGAAUUGUUAUGACUACAGGUGGCUCAAUAUUACUCACUGUUGUACUGGAUUUGUUAUGACUACAGGUGACUCAAUAUUAGUCACUGUUGUACAGGUGUUGUUAUGACUACAGGUGGCUUAUGGAUAAAAGUUCUUAUUUAUCUCGUCAGGGAAAAAAGGCAAUUAUAACUUGAAAAUAUUUUCGUUUAUCUUUACAAAUUUAUGUCUUGAACAUGUUUCUCGAUCUAUUUGACAAACUGAUUAAGCUUGUUCUCUGGCGGUGAAA